AUGCACGCCUCGUUCGUACGCCGCUUCGCUUCGACCGGCAGAAUCAUGUCCAACGUCUUUUUCGACAUCACCAAGAACGGCGCCCCGCUCGGCCGCAUCACGUUCAAGCUCUACGAUGACGUCGUCCCCAAAACCGCCAAGAACUUCCGCGAGCUGUGCACCGGUGCUCCCGGUUUUGGCUACGAGGGCUCGUCCUUCCACCGCGUUAUCCCGCAGUUCAUGCUGCAGGGUGGUGACUUCACCGCCGGCAACGGCACCGGUGGAAAGUCGAUCUACGGCGCCAAGUUUGCCGACGAGAACUUCAAGCUGGCGCACACCAAGCCCGGCCUGCUCUCGAUGGCCAACGCCGGCCCCAACACCAACGGCUCGCAGUUCUUCAUCACCACCGUCGUCACCUCGUGGCUCGAUGGCAAGCACGUCGUCUUCGGCGAGGUUGUCGACGGCCUCGACAUCGUCAAGGCCAUCGAGGCCGAGGGCACGAGCUCGGGCAAGCCCAAGUCCAAGAUCACCAUCGCCAAGUCUGGUGAGCUUUAG